ACGGCGGCAUGUUGAAGGAGGACGCCAAGCAGGUGCCGGCGCCGAUCAUGUAUUGGGGCGAGGUCGACCCUGCGUACCGCGCGUCCGGCGCCUCUGCCGACGAGACAAUUCAAUAUUACCGCAGCGUCAUCAAGGCUCGCGCGACAAAGCUGUCACGUCCGGGCAAGGCCACCGGGGGGCCACCCCCCCACGUGGCAUUCUCCCAGGCCGCAGCGUCGUCGCUUCGGCGAGCCCUGCAAAUCUUGAUGACGGCCGUUGAGACACAGCUUGGUCGACAGCUCCCGCAGCGGGUGUUUGACGCUCCGUCCAAGGCCAUACCCAGUCGCUUCUACCCGCCCAGUGUUGCUUCCGAAACACCCGCGUAUUUCCUGAAGAAGCCCAAGGACCCUCUAGUCGCCAAGCGCACACCUGGAGUUUUGCCGUACUUUUGCGAUCGCACACCGCCCAAGCAGCCCAGUCUUGUCGACCGAAAGCACUGGAACUUUGUGCAAGCGCGAGAGUCGGACGUCCUUCGACGCCGCGGCAAGCACCUCUUGGCCGUCCUCGAAGAGCAGCAGCGGCUUGAGAUCCAGCGAGAAAAGGAUCUGGUUGCCGCGUCACGCCUGGAACCAUCGCUCCACAUGAAGAUCGUUGCUGACGUUGCCAAGGACCGGUACGAAGCCGCUGACCGCAUCAUGCGCAUCCUCGACGAUUACGGCGUGAUUGCGGGGAGUACGACCCUCGACUACCUUCAAGCAACGCUCGCUCCGCCGCCGACAUCGACUUUGUAGCAUCAAACUGUCUUAAUUGGAGGCUCGUCUCUCGCCGUACAGUGUUCUAGGCACUGUUCUAAUAAUGCAAUCGAGAACCAACAGAC